CUUCACCGCAAUCUCUUCUUUCUUGCCCACAACUACUUGCUUUAAAUUCUUGCACAAGCGCGUGCAUUGUACGAGUGUGUGCUACUGGUGAAGGGUGGUGAGAGGAUCGAUGGAGCCACUGAGGUCGUCGUCAUUGAUGUUACUGCUGCUGGUGAUAUGCUGCAGCAGCACCGCGGCGGUGGCGGCCGCCAAGAAGCGGACGUAUAUUGUCCACAUGGCCAAGUCGCAGAUGCCGCCUGCGUUCGCGGAGCACCGCCACUGGUACGACGCCUCGCUGAGGUCCGUCUCCGACACCGCCGAGAUCCUCUACGCCUACGACACGGUCGCCCACGGCUUCUCCGCGCGGCUCACGCCGGCGGAGGCCCGCGCCAUGGAGCGCCGCCCGGGCGUGCUGGGUGUCAUGGCCGAGGCUCGGUACGAGCUCCACACGACGCGCACCCCGGAGUUCCUCGGCCUCGACCGCACCGAGGGGUUCAUCCCCCAAUCGAACACCACGAGCGACGUCGUCGUCGGGGUGCUCGACACGGGCGUGUGGCCGGAGCGCAAGAGCUACGACGACGCUGGGCUCGGGCCGGUCCCGACGAGCUGGAAGGGCGCGUGUGAGGAGGGAAAGGACUUCAAAGCCGCGAACGCGUGCAACCGGAAGCUGGUCGGCGCGCGAUUCUUCUCAAAGGGGUAUGAAGCGCGCAUGGGCCCUAUCAACUUGACCAAGGAGUCGAGAUCCCCCCGGGACAACGACGGCCACGGCACCCAUACCUCUUCCACCGCCGCUGGCUCAGCCAUCCCCGACGUCGACUUUCUUGGCUACGCCGCCGGCACCGCCCGCGGCAUGUCCACCCGCGCGCGCAUCGCCGUGUACAAGGUCUGCUGGCUCGGUGGGUGCUUCGGCUCCGACAUCCUCGCUGCCAUGGACAAGGCCAUCGAGGACGGCUGUGGCGUCCUAUCCCUGUCCCUGGGCGGCGGGAUGUCGGACUACUAUCGCGACAACAUCGCCGUCGGGGCUUUCAGCGCCAUGGCGAUGGGGGUCGUGGUCUCCUGCUCCGCCGGCAAUGCCGGCCCCGGGGCUUCUACCCUCUCCAACGUAGCGCCGUGGAUCACCACCGUCGGUGCCGGCACGCUCGACCGCGACUUCCCCGCCAACGUCCUGCUCAGCAACGGUAAGAACUACACCGGCGUCUCGCUCUACAGCGGGAAGCCACUUCCCUCCUCGCCGCUCCCAUUCAUUUACGCCGGGAACGCCACCAACACUACCAACGGGAACCUCUGCAUGACGGGGACCCUCCUGCCCGACAAGGUCGCCGGAAAGAUCGUCCUCUGCGACCGCGGGAUCAACGCCCGGGUACAAAAGGGGUUGGUCGUGCGUGACGCUGGAGGGGCGGGCAUGAUCCUGGCCAACACCGCCGCCAACGGGGAAGAGCUUGUGGCCGACGCGCACCUCCUCCCCGCCACCGCCGUCGGGGAAAUAGCCGGGGACGCCAUCAAGUCCUACCUCUUCUCCGAUCCGAACCCAACGGCUACCAUUGCGUUCAGGGGUACGAAGGUCGGUGUCAAGCCGUCGCCGGUGGUUGCGGCGUUCUCCUCCCGCGGGCCGAGCGCCAUCACUCCGGACAUCUUGAAGCCGGACCUGAUCGCCCCGGGGGUGAACAUCCUCGCCGCCUGGACGGGCUCGGUUGGGCCCACGGGGCAGGCGGCGGACCCGCGGCGGACGGAGUUCAACAUCAUCUCCGGCACGUCCAUGUCGUGCCCCCACGUCAGCGGCCUGCUGGCGCUCCUCAAGGGAGCGCACCCGGACUGGAGCCCCGGCGCCAUCAAGUCCGCCCUCAUGACCACCGCUUACGCCGCUUACCCCGGCGACGGUGGCAUCCUCGACGUGGCCACCGGCCGCGCCGCUACUCCCUUCGACUUCGGCGCCGGCCACGUGGACCCGCCGAAGGCCCUGGAUCCCGGCCUCGUCUACGACCUAACCACCGAAGACUACCUCGACUUCCUCUGCGCCCUUAACUACACCCCCCUCCAGAUCGCGCGACUCUCCCGGCUGACCAACUACACCUGCGAUAGACAAAAGGCCUACGAGGUAUCGGACCUCAACUACCCCUCCUUCGCGGUGGCGUUCGCAACGGCGUCGACGACGGUGAAGCACACAAGAACGCUGACCAACGUCGGGGCACCUGGGACGUACAAGGCGACAGUGUCGGCGCCGGAGGACGUUAAGGUGGUGGUGGAGCCGACGGCUCUGACCUUCGCGGCGCUGGGGGAGAAGAAGAACUAUACCGUGACUUUCUCAACGGCGUCGCAGCCGUCGGGAUCGACCGCGUUCGGCCGCCUCGAGUGGUCCGACGCCCAGCACGUGGUCGCGAGCCCCCUGGCCUUCUCAUGGACCUAAAGAUGGCGUAAGGAUGACAACACCGAGACCAUCCGAUGGCGGCUUGUCUUAGAAAACAAGUGAAGGUAUAAUGUGUCGUGUUUUAUUACUCGUUGCUGUUUAGAUUAUUAACAUUAUUGUGGAUGGAACGACAAUAAGCUAAGCUUAUUGUAUAUACUAUUAAAUGAAAAAUAUGCUUAUUAAGGACUGCCCAA